UCGGAACAAAACCAUCGUCCCGGUAGAUUUACGCGGAGGGAAAGCAGAAGCGAUUUUCUUGUUUGAACGUGGAGCGGGAGCGAUUUUGACCUUUUCUACAGGGGCAAUAAUUAUGGAAGAAGGGCCACUUUUGGCGGGUUAACGAGGUAGAAAAAGAAGGGUCUAGUCACGGCAAAAGGGGUUCUUGUUCCUCUUCAUUAAGAUCGGCGUUAUCCCCUUCGACUGAACCGACUUCUGGAUAGGAGCAAGAACUGUAAAGACGGUGACUUUUGACUCUGAUUAAUGGGGGUUUUUCCUCUCUGCCUUAUCUAAAUUCCAGGUUGAUUGCAGACUUGCAGUUGAAAGCAAAGGCAACUUCUAGACCUUCUCUUUCUUUGAUUGAUAUCGUGUGGAUUAUGCCAAAAAAGUAACCUUUAUUUCUAAAAAGAAUUGCAAAGUCAUCCUAUCCCGCUCGCCAGUGCACACGGGAUUCCUGGGACUUUUGACUGUUAGUUCUUGGUUUGGUUUGUCAUCCAUCCUCUCUUCCUUUGAUCAUCCUUGAAGGGUUCUCUCAGACUGCAUCAAUUCCGAGCUCUUUUUGGCCACUUGGGGGCUUCAUGGAGUUGAAGGUGGCUGCAAAUGGCUUGAAAUCCUCACACCCUAUAACCCCCUACUCAUUAUUUCAUACACAGAAAAGGGUCCCAGUUUCUUCCUUGUUAGGGCUUAACAGUGCCAGAAAUCCUAAUGUGCCCUGUAGAUUAGUGCACAGAACAGCUCCUUUUGGCUUCCAUAAAUCAAGAAAUGGCUGGCUCAAACGGUUUUGCUGCCGAAGUUCCGAGAUGUUUUCGGGCGGAGAAGUGUCUAAUCAGACUUCGGAAUUAGCCCUAGGAACCAGUGUGUCCAUGUGGGGAGAUGGGGAUUGCAGUGAUACAAUGGACGUUGCUUGUGCAGUGGCAGAUGUUUCUGGGCAUUUUCUGAACAUGGAGGCGGAAGGUAGUGGAAAUAGGGGUUUUUUGGAUCGAUCAUCGUGCUUGAAGAUGGAUUUCCUGGAGCCAUCGCUGCUCGGUAUCUGGCCAACGCCACCGGAGUGGCCUGAGAGGAACAAAAUCGUUGGAAUCGGCAUUGAGAUGAAAGCGAAGAGCAUCGAGAUCCCCCUGUCUCUUAGGAUGAUAAAGAGAAAGAAGCAACAGGAUAUGAGGACCAUUGCAGCAAGGGAAUAUGAAUGCUCUUCAGUCGAGAAGGCUUUCGCUUCGAUGGUGCUUAUUAUGAGAGAGAUUCAGAGCUAUGCCAUGCACACGAGGGAGAAUCUCUACAGUGAAGACUUGGGGGAGAUAGUGAAUAAGGUGCACAGAGAGAUAAAUGCAUCUUCUGUGUGGAUUUUCCAACAGGUGUUUUCACAAGCGCCAACUCUUAUGGUGCACGUGAUGAUACUAUCUGCUGAUUUCAGCGCUUAUUCUGUGACUCAUAACAUGUCGAAUAUGUCCUCUGAAGUAUCUCUGGAAACUUGGAUGCUGGUGGAGGAUAAAGGUCAAGAAAACUCAAAAUUUAGUUUGACAAAUGGGACUAUUCGAGCAAGUGGUCAUCUCGAUAAAUCCGCCGCUCCAGAAGAAAAGCCUAGCAUUGUUCCUGGCGAGAAACUGGGAGUUUCUCCAUCAUGGACUGAAACUUUGAACGUCGAGGAGACAAAUCUGUGGAGCUCUAUAGCGGAUGAAGCAGCAAAGAUGGAGGCAUUGUUAAGGGGAGGCGAAAUUUUCGAUCUUGAAGGGAUGAGGAAGUUCCUUUCACCAGUGUCUGUGGAAAUUGAAACCGAUGAUUACGAGGAAUAUUGGAGAACAGAUCUUCUGUACCAACUUAACUUGUCUCAGGAUCCUUACAAUCCCCUGCUGCUCUCUAACUAUGCGCAUUUUCUCUGCCUUGUAUACCAAGACUACCGCAGGGCGGAGGAGUGCUUUAAGCGCGCUGUGCAGGUUGAGCCCCUGGACGCCGAGUCGUUGAGUCGGUAUGCGGAUUUCUUGUGGAUGGUGAAGAAAGAUGCGUGGGGAGCGGAGGAGAGAUAUCAGCAAGCAAUCGCAGCUGAACCAGAGAAUCCUUAUCAUGCGUCCAGGUACGCCAGCUUCCUCUGGAGUUCCGGAGGCGAAGAGACGUGUUACCCUCUUAACUACUCCUCGGGCGACGAGACUAGACUGUCGGAAGCAGAUGAUGCAUUAUAAGGUAAUCAACCUCCGAUUUUGGCUGCAAAAAUGUAGGCCUUGGCUCGUGUUUCUUUUCGAUAGGUUAUUUUGGCUCCAGGAAAUGUGAGCAGGAUGGACGUACCGUUCGGGUUAUGGUUAGGAUGUACAGAUUAAGUGAAGAGGGUGGAAAUGGCGGUCUUAAAAAGGAACAGAACAGGUCAUUUCAUCUUCAUGUAAUCUUAAGUUAAUAAUGAGAGAUCUUUUACCUGCUUUGGGUU